AUGUGCCCGGUGCGCGCUGCCCCGUACGUCAUCACCGUCGAAGCGCAGUUCGGCGCGGCGCCUCCGCUCGCCUCCGAUCAUCUGGCAGUCGUCAUCGGACGCGACGACGAUUCCGCCUAUCGACUCGGCGCGGUCUCGCCCGGAACCACCCAAGGUCAGCUCGUCGUCCUGCGGUCCACCGGUGACCUGGAAUUGCGCAGCAUUCCGGAGGGCAACGCACUCUCCAUUUUGCAGUCGUCCGUGGCCGGGAACCAAACCAGUCGUCGGGUCAAUGGC